AUGAGCCUUUCUUUUUCUUUCUUUCUUUCUUUCUUUCUUUCUUUCUUUCUUUCUUUCUUUCUUUCUUUCUUUCUUCUCCCCUCUUCAUUUUUUUCAACUGUCUUCAUUUGUUCCUUUUCUAUCUUUUUCUCUUUCUGUCGAUUAUCUGAUGUAUUUACUUUACCUUUUUCUUUCUUUCUUUCUUUCUUUCUUUCUUUUUUUAAUUUUCUUUCUUUCAGCAUUCUUCCUUUCUCGCUUUUUUCUUUCUCGUUUAUUUUUGCAUUUAAUUUAUGUCUUCAUUUUUCAUUUCUUUCUUUUUUUCCUUUUCGCUUUUUGUGUUCUUUUUCUUCCGUUACAUUCUUUCAUCUCUUUCUUUUUCUCUUUCUUUCUUGCCUCAUUUAUUUAUUUAUUUUUCUUCCUUUCUUUUUCCUAUCUUUCUUUCUUUCUUUCUUUCUUUCUUAUUUUCCUUACGUCUCUUUCUUUUUCCCCUUUCUGCUUUUAUUCUAUCAUUCUUCCUUUCUUUCUUUUACGCUUUCUCGUUUAUUUUUGCAUUUAUUUUACAAACCUUUUUUUUUUUUUCUUUUUUUUUCUUUUUUCUUUCUUUUUUCCUUUUUUUUUCUUUUUUUUUCUUUUUUUUUUUUCUUUUUUCUUUUUUUUUCUUUUUCUUUUUUCUUUAUUUCUUUCUUUUCUUUCUUUCUUUCUUUCUUUUCUUUCUAA